AUCUUUCAUACCUACUCUACUCCUACCUAGCUUUGCUUCAUCAAAUAUCAAACAUUAUUGUAAGGGUAAUCAAUCAUGUUCAUCACUCUCCUCAUACUCUGGUCUCUAACUCUGCUCCUCCUCUACUUCUUGUUCUCCAUCAUCCAACAAUCCUAUGGCAUCAAAUCGUCAAAAAAGCCUUCGCUGUUCUCCUCUUACGGUCCUCCUUCCUACCCCAUAAUCGGUUGCCUAAUCUCCUUCUACAAAAACCAGCACCGCCUCUUGGACUGGUACACCGACAUGUUGUCCAGCUCGCCGUCACAAACCAUCGUCGUGCGCCGCCUAGGGAUGCGGCGCCGCAUCAUUGUGACGGCGAACCCCGCCAACGUGGAGUACAUUCUCAAGACCAACUUCUCAAACUUCCCCAAGGGCAAGCCGCUCACGGAGUUCCUCGGCGACUUUCUCGGCUGCGGCAUAUUCAACGUUGACGGCGAGCUCUGGUCAACGCAGCGUAAGCUGGCCAGCCACGAGUUUAGCACAAAGUCGCUGAGGGAGUUCGUCGUGAAAUCUCUAGAGGAUGAAGUGGAGCAGCGACUGGUUCCUCUUCUAGAAGAAGCUGCGGAUAGUCAAAGGGUUUUGGACAUGCAAGACGUGUUGAGGAGGUUUGCUUUUGACACGGUUUGUAAGGUCUCGUUGGGUACCGACCCGUUUUGCUUGGAUUUGGGCCGGCCCGUGCCGGCCCUUGUCAAAGCCUUCGACUGCGCGUCGGAGAUAAGUGCCCGGCGUGCGUCGGCGCCGGUGUACUUGAUUUGGAAGUUGAAGCGCGCUUUGGGUGUUGGGUCUGAAAACAAGCUCAAAGAAGCUGUCAAAGUCGUACAUGAUUCUGUACAAGAGAUAAUAAAUAACAAAAGGAAAAUUCUUGAAAAUAAUGAGGGAAAGAGCUGCGAGAGUGACUUGUUGUCACGUUUGUUAUUGGCUGGACACGGCGAGGAAGUGGUCAGAGACAUGGUGAUAAGCUUCAUACUGGCCGGACGGGACACGACGUCGUCCGCCAUGACUUGGCUGUUUUGGUUGCUCAGCAAGCAUCCGAGCAUAAAGCAGAAGAUAGUGAAUGAAGUCGCAGACGUACUAAACAAUGGUACAAGUAGUCCUGAGAGUACUACUACGAGGACUACCGGUACUGCAGCUGCAGCAUUAGGUUUUGAAGACUUGCAAGAAAUGAAGUUCUUGAGGGCUUGCUUGUGCGAGUCAAUGCGGCUGUACCCGCCGGUCCCGUGGGACUCGAAGCAUGCCGAGGCCGGGACUGUUUUGCCGGACGGGACUUGGGUUGGGGAAGGGGAUAGAGUUACCUAUUUUCCUUAUGGGAUGGGGAGGAUGGAGGAGCUGUGGGGGAAGGACCGGUUUGAGUUUAAACCGGACCGGUGGUUUUGUGAUAAACCGGGUUGUGAUGGGGAUGAUAACGAAAGGGUGAUGAAAUUUGUGAGUCCUUACAAAUUUCCUGUUUUUCAGGCCGGUCCUAGAGUUUGUCUUGGGAAGGAGAUGGCUUUUAUUCAGAUGAAGUAUGUAAUGGCUUCGGUGUUGAGGCGGUUUGAGAUCAGACCGGUUUAUGAUCUGGACCGACCGGUUUUCGUUCCUCUGUUGACGGCUCACAUGGCUGGUGGGUUGAAGGUCUUGGUUCAAAAGAGAAGUUAGAACUUAAUACUAAUGCAUGGUACACAAUACAUUGAAGCUUUCCAAUUAUGUUAAUUCUUUGUUUGAAAUGGUAUUGCGCUACUCAAGAAUGUAUCCAUUUUUAUUUCAGUUGUUUCCAUUAAUUAAUCACUAUUUUUUAUCGGGUUCCCCCGUUUGAUAUGUACAAGAAUUGCUUUAAGGUCAAUAUAUAAAGUUGUAAUUUGUAUUA